AUGAAACAUGCUUGCUAAGAGUUUUUUAUAAUUCAAGACAAUAAUUUUGUCUUACAAACUAGUAAUUAUUAUAUAUUUUUAUUGAUAGGUAAUGAAUUUUAAAAUAUUAUCCAAAAAUUUCAAUGUUUUAAAGAUUUUUGUGAUAAUGAUGAUAAUAAAAUAAUUCGUUUAAUGUCUGAAAUAUCAAAUUAGAAUUUAAAUAAGAAUACUUUCAAAUAAAUACUUGAGAGAAAUAUUAAUUGUUCAAAUGUAAUUUUGGUUCUCAAAUUAGCAUAACUUAAAAAUAAUUAAUAAUGAAACCAAUUUUAGACUUGUGAGUUCAACAUAGUUCUUUCCUAUUAAUAAUCAAACUUCUAAAGAACCAAAAAAAAAGAAAAACUAAAAAUCAAAAAAUGAUGAAACUCAACCAAAAUCUGAAGUUGAAAAAUCUAAAUAAAUUUCAGAUUCAAAAAAUUCAUUAAAAUAAUCUAAAGUUUGUUGUGUUGCGAAUGAAGAAAUAAAAAUAUUUGAAGAAAAAAUUAAAUAGUAUACAUCUGAAAUGGAUGAUUCAUAAAAAAUAGUUUUAAAUCUCCCUCCAGAAUGGAUAAAAAAAUUUGGAAUUCAAAAAAAAAAAAAAUGA